AAGAUCGUUGUGUGCCAAAUUCAAACUGAACUCUUCAUUGAAUUGUAUAACCCACAUAGUUAUUUUGUUUGCGGAUCACUGUUUAUCGGUUAUCGAUCGCGGUGGAUUGAAAAGAUUCAAAUCAUGAAUGGUGGAGUGCUGCACUGGAGUUAUCGCGACUUCAGGCAGAUGCCGGAAGAACUACGCACUUGCAGCGAUCAGGUUCAGGAGGUGUACCUCAAGGAAAACUUCAUUCCCUCCAUACCGGCGUGGUUCUGCGACGAAAUGUGUAGUUUGAAAUUUGUUUGUCUCGCGGGCAAUUUGAUUACAGUAGUACCAGAGCAAAUAUCGCAAUUAAAACAUCUGGAAUCACUAAACUUGUCGCAAAACUCGAUUGAAGUACUGCCGAAAAGUAUAGGAAAAUUACGUAACAUGUACAGCUUGAAAAUGGGCGAAAACAAACUGACUCGAUUACCCAAAGAAAUUGGUGAUUUGAAAAACUUAGAGACUCUAGAGUUGUCCAAAAAUAGGCUUACCGAAAUUCCCAUUGAAUUGGCGGACUGUUCUAAACUCAAAGAUUUAAUUCUGGAUGACAACUAUUUAUUGUGCCGCAUUCCGACAAAAGUGUUUUUGAUGCCUCAAUUGAAUUUCGUUUCGGCCGAAAGAUGUAACUUGGUGUUGUUACCCUUUAUGUUAAACACGUCUAUCUUGGAGCAUGUGAGGGUUUUCAAUAACUACACACUUUCACACUAUCCCAUUAUUCUUGAGAAGUUUAUGCAACCCACUUACGACGUAUUCACUGCCGUCGAACCAAAAAGAAUUCCAAAUAAUUGCUACUACCAGAGGGUGAGCUGUAACGCUGUGACUCAUAAUCUGAUCUUUCCUAUCGAGUUGACAAACAUUCUUGAUCGCCGGAUAUUCCACCCAACUCCGAAUUCACUGGUUGAAAUGUGUUUGCGAAAAUGCAACUCUACUAAACUGAUUGAUGCAGUUCGACUGAAUAACUGGCUUCCGCUUGGUUUGAGUCGAAUGCUUCGGAACGGCCCUUUGGCAAUUUGUGGCAGCGUUCCCUGCUCCAAGGCAGUAUUUGGUGAAUGUUUCCUUGGAUUGGUAAAAAGGUAA